AUGGCUUUCAAGAUCAUUUUGUACCCAUUUCUUUGCUUGUUGGUUUCCUCCACCGCAGAACAGAACUGUAGCGAGUAUCAGUGCAGCCUUGUUCCGGUUGGAGAAGACCUGACAUCUGAAUUUCAACUCAAGGCGUCUGAAAAAGGAGUAAAGUUAGUUUACUUGCAAGUGAAAAUAACCCGUAACGACAGCUAUGGUCCACUGAAUGUUCAAGACGAGUUUUUGCCAGAUUGGUGGGUCUAUACCAGAUCCAUUAGUGAACCCAUGUUGUCUUUACCUUACGACUACGAUGCAUUAUCUCUGGGACUUUUAAACUAUCAAGAAAGAAGUAUGAUAGUACCUUUGAAAGAAAAUCGUGCUGGAUGCCUCGUACCCUUGAACUCGUCGUGUCAAAACAAAGUGAUUGGGAGUGCGCUGUUAAAAAAUGUCACAAUUUCCAUUCACAAAGAAGGUGUUGUAUGUGUUCGAGACGUUAAAGAUUACAACUUGUUUCAACUUUUAUACUAUGGCCACAACCUCGAGUACGGUUGUUGUAUCAGAGAGAAAAAUUAUGUGGGGAUUCGUUGCAACCAGUCUGUAAGAACCACCGUCUGGCUCGAUGCAUUUAAUGCGGUUCUUUUCAUGUUGCAAUUCGUGUUGGUGUUAUAUUUCCCUGCAUUUCCCCUUGCUCUACCUGACUUCAUUUUCAAUUUUCAAGAAGAACUAGAGAAAGAACAACAAGAAGACGAAAAACUAAAAAAUGAGCUUGAUAGAAAUAGGAGAGGACUGGAUGCAAACAAUCAAGAUAGCCAUGAUAAUCAAGGACAAGAACUGCAAGAUCCACAUUAUUACCAGCGAGAUAGCACUGCAGAAGGUGAUCAAAACCUUUAUCCCGAACCUGAAAUUUCAGUUAUCAUUGAUGAUGGAAGUCCCUUUUCUUGUUGCAGAAGAUCAGAUACAAACAUUCCAGAUAGGAGUGAAUAUGAGCAGUUUGAUACCUCAUAUCAUGCUGAUAACCAAAGACAAGACCCUCAAGAUGGACGUGACGAUCAUGAUCAGCGAGAGAGCGGUACGGAAGGUGAUCAACACCCUUCAGAACAAAUGUUAGUUUACAUGGAUGAUUCAAGUCCAACUACCUGUUGCAAUCUACUGAGAAGAGUUAUAUCUAGCAACUAUUCUGGGAGCUUACGACAUCUAAAGUUUUCCUUUAAUAUCAAGCUGCUUUUUCUUGUAUUCGGCGUAGCCCCCACUUUUUUGUACUUUAGACUACUACUAUUAGCUUUAACAAUAAAACGCAGGGUUUUCGACGAAACUGAGGCAAAGAAAAACUUAUCACUAGACGGAGUGCAUUUGUUUUCAAGGGAGUUUUUUUACUUAGUAACGGCCUUUGAUAUCUUCACUUUAAUAUUUGCCGUUUCCGUUCCUUCGGUAGCGGUUUUGUUUUCGAGACCUCAGGACUUUUUGCUCGACGGCAAAUGCAGGAUCUGCGGAGAACAUUUUUCUUCAGUCGAAAUAGGAGAAGACAUGCGAAAGCACAUAGAAGAUUGGCAACUAAAUCUUAGGAGGUUUGUGAUGUGGAUAUUUAAAACACACAGUAGCAUUAUAACCUGGGUCAUAGAAUGUACAGCGUGUAUAUUAGGACAUAUCAAGCCAUCUGGAAGGCUGAAAAGAAGCUUGGCAAAUGCUAGUUAUGUUCCGGUUUAUACAAUUAUUUUAACGAUUUUUGGUGUGGUUUUAGGAGUAUUUGGCCUUUUUAUAUUACUCGUGGGGUUUAUAUUAGCUACUAUGUGGUAUUCACCGUUAGUUUGUGUUCUAAACAUCGCGUAUCGUAGAAUGUAUGGUGCUUACAUGUUACUUGCCACCUCAUCAUUUAGAAUCAUUAUUGGAAAGGGCAUUCGUACAGUUUUUCCAAUAUUGGUUGUACUUAGUCCCAUUCUAGCCCUUGUUGCUGUGGUUGUCCUUACGAUUAUAGCUAUUUUUAUAUUUUUUCUCCCUAUCUACUGGUUGUAUUUACCCUGUUUCUUCGUCCUUAUAUCUGCUCGUUUUCUUGUAAGAACGUUUGGUUUGACAAUUAUGGCAUUAGUUUUCAACAGGGAAAUUUUAUCCAAUUUUUUAUCGUUUCUUGUUGCCGCAGUAACAAAUCUGUUACUGUGUUACUAUAACUUCCAAAAUGCGUACAAGGAAAUCAAGGACAUGAUUUUCAAGUAUCGGCAAAAACACAGGCCACAAAAUUGCAGUAUGGACACCGGCAAAGAGGAUUCAUUUCCCGAGAAGCUUUUCUGGUCUGUAAUAGAUGAUCACAGAGUACUACCGAUAAUCCCAGAAUUCUAUCGUAUGCUUCGCAAAAUGGCUCUUAUUUUGAUCUUCGUAUUUUUGGCUUUUUGUUCAGCAAUUUUGUUUAGUGAUCCUCACGACUUUGGGGCAGCAUAUUUAACCAUUUCUUUAUUUGCAACUGGAGCAAUUGCUGGACUGGUUUUCAGAGGCAUGACUAUAGGAAAGAGAUUUACCGGUGCGGGAAAACAGAAGAUCGAGAAACAAAUUGAAGACGCAGUUAUUUCGUUUUAUGGUCGUCGCCGUGAGGUAGUAGUACAUAUAUAUACACAUGUCUAA